AUGUAUCUUUGUUUGGUGUUGGCUCUACCUGUUAUCAUUAUUAUUUCAGGUGCAUUCAGUAUUACACCUGGUGAUCCAUUUCCAAUUGAUAUUGACAAUAAUUCUGAUUCAUCUUUUUCAUUGGAUUCAAAACAUAUUUCUAAUACAACAAUAUUGUUCUCUGUAAACUUAUCAUCAAUAGAAUCGAAACCAAUUCAAGAAAAUGAAUCAUGUUUAAUCGAUACGAAUAAAACAUUUAUUGAUGAAAAUACAAAUAGCAAUUUACUACUUUCAUCAACUCUAAAACCUGUACAAGAAACUUUACCUAUUUAUAAAAAACAUUUAGUUCCAAUUGCACAAUGGAAAUAUACUGAUCCUAAAACUCAUCAAACUCGUUAUUGGUAUCAUACUGCUGAUAGUGCAAUGGGUGAUGGUUGGAUACAAGAUGGUAUUCUUUGUCAAGCAUAUAUUAGACAAAAACCUGAUACGAUACCAAUUUAUGCUUUUCAUUCAGAAGCAAAAGAUAUUUGGUCAAAUACAUUACAAAUUGAUUCUACAUUAAUACCUAUUGGAAAUAAUCAAUGGAAAUAUGAUGGUACACUUUUUUAUGCAUAUAAAACAUCAAUGAAUUCAAGUUUAUUAAAACCUAUAUGGAGAUAUUGGAAUAGAAUAAAUUAUGGUACAGAAGAUGUUAGUGAACCACGUCGAUCAUAUCUUCGAAUGGGUGAUAUAAUAGAUGAUGAUUUACCAGGAUGGAGAUUAGAACAUAUACUUUUCUAUGCUUUUCCACCUAAUAUAAAUGUAAAUCAAUUAGAACAUUAA